UGCUCUAUGCCCAGAUCUCUGUGGCUGGGCUGCUCCAGCCUGGCGGACAGCAUGCCCUCGCUGCGAUGCCUGUAUAACCCAGGGACUGGCGCACUCCCAGCUUUCCAGAAUUCCUCUGAGAGAGAAGACUGUAAUAAUGAUGAGCCCCCUAGGAAGAUCAUUCCUGAGAAGAAUUCACUUAGACAGACCUACAACAGCUGUGCCAGACUGUGCUUAAACCAGGAAACGGUAUGUCUAGGAAGCACUGCUAUGAAGACUGAAAAUUGUGUGGCCAAAACAAAACUUGCCAAUGGCACUUCCAGUAUGAUUGUGCCGAAGCAAAGAAAACUGUCUGCAAGCUAUGAGAAGGAGAAGGAACUCUGCGUCAAGUAUUUUGAACAGUGGUCCGAGUCUGACCAGGUGGAGUUUGUGGAGCACCUCAUCUCCCAGAUGUGUCACUACCAGCACGGACAUAUAAACUCAUACCUCAAGCCCAUGUUACAGCGGGACUUCAUCACUGCACUGCCAGCUCGGGGAUUGGAUCACAUCGCUGAGAACAUUCUGUCAUACCUGGAUGCCAAAUCGUUGUGUGCUGCUGAGCUGGUGUGCAAGGAGUGGUACCGGGUGACGUCAGACGGCAUGCUGUGGAAGAAGCUCAUCGAGAGAAUGGUCAGGACAGACUCCCUGUGGAGGGGCUUGUCAGAGAGGAGAGGAUGGGGACAAUAUCUAUUUAAAAAUAAACCUCCUGAUGGGACUGCACCACCCAACUCCUUCUACAGAGCACUUUACCCCAAAAUUAUACAGGACAUAGAGACAAUAGAGUCGAACUGGCGGUGUGGAAGGCACAGUUUACAGAGGAUCCACUGCCGAAGUGAGACAAGCAAAGGGGUUUAUUGUUUACAGUAUGAUGAUCAGAAGAUAGUAAGUGGCCUACGAGACAAUACUAUUAAGAUCUGGGAUAAGAAUACGUUGGAAUGCAAGCGAAUUCUCACUGGACACACGGGUUCUGUCCUGUGCCUCCAAUACGAUGAACGGGUGAUCAUUACUGGAUCUUCGGACUCGACAGUCAGGGUGUGGGACGUGAAUGCAGGCGAGAUGCUGAAUACACUGAUUCACCACUGUGAAGCAGUACUGCACCUCCGCUUCAAUAACGGCAUGAUGGUGACGUGUUCCAAAGACCGAUCCAUUGCUGUGUGGGACAUGGCUUCACCAACAGACAUCACCCUGAGGAGGGUGCUAGUAGGGCACCGAGCUGCUGUCAAUGUAGUGGACUUUGAUGACAAGUACAUUGUAUCAGCAUCAGGUGACAGAACUAUAAAGGUAUGGAACACUAGUACCUGCGAAUUUGUGCGCACCUUAAAUGGCCACAAACGAGGCAUUGCAUGUCUGCAGUACAGAGACAGGCUAGUAGUGAGCGGCUCUUCAGAUAAUACUAUCAGGCUGUGGGAUAUCGAGUGUGGGGCAUGUUUACGAGUACUGGAAGGCCAUGAAGAGUUGGUGAGAUGCAUACGCUUUGAUAACAAGAGGAUAGUCAGUGGGGCAUAUGAUGGGAAAAUUAAAGUAUGGGAUCUUGUGGCUGCUUUGGACCCUCGUGCCCCAGCAGGGACCCUCUGCUUGCGAACCCUUGUGGAGCAUUCUGGAAGAGUCUUUCGACUUCAGUUUGACGAGUUCCAGAUUGUCAGCAGCUCACAUGAUGACACCAUCCUCAUCUGGGAUUUUCUGAAUGACCCAGCUGCCCAAGCAGAAUCCACUCGUUCCCCGUCCAGAACAUACACCUACAUCUCAAGAUAAAUAACACUACACUGUACCUCACACUUGCACAGGACUCAUUUAAGCUGCAGUAUUUAAAUUAUCUGCCAAUGCCAGGACAAAAGAACUAUCCACGUAACCAAUACUUGCUGAAGAGAGAGGCUCUCAGACUUGUUUCUGGAACAAAGUUGGCAUGCGGUUGAUCUCAGACAGGGUCUACUCAGCGCGGCUGACUGCUGAAGUGCUGCUAUAUCAGAAGAUUACUUUUAUCUUUCAUGAACAGUUAACAUUUUUAAACCUUCCCA